AUGUGUUCAGAAUCAGACCAAUAUAUAUGCGAUUGGGAAAAUAAGUACAACGAACAAUGUGAAUUAACUAAUGAAAUCAUUACUCGGUAUAACUCUUUAAAACUGAACGAAAACAUACUUAAAACCAAAUUAAAAGAAAUGAAAGAACUUAAAGAAUGUGCCCAUGCAGAGUUGUGCAGCUAUAAAGCUGAAAUAGAAGAAAAAAAUGACUUAGUUAAAAAACUAAAUACAAAUUUGAAAUCUAUGGAAGAGGAAAAUUGUAAUUUACGAAAGCAAAUUACUGAUGUGAAUAGUCAACUUGCGGGGAUCAACUCUAAAUAUACAAAAACUGAACUCCUAGAUUCAAUGAAACAAGUCGAAACAAACUCGAAACUUGAGCAGGAUAGACUUUCUGCUAAAUUUAACACGGUAUGCGAGAAAUUAUAUGAAAUGAAGAUUGCGUUCAGUGACGUAAAAAAUACAAUUAACUGCGAUAUAUUUAAUAUUGAGAAUACGGUAGAUAUGAUAAAAAAACUGUCAGAGGCAGAGAAAUGUAAACAACAAUUGUCAAUUCAGAUGCAUUCAGUGGAUGAUGAGUUAACUCGCAGGAACAAAAAAAUAAAAGAUCUCCAAAGAGACAACGAUUACUAUGUUUCUAAGAUCAAUAAGCAGAAAAAACAGUUGCAAGAAUGGAACUUAAAAAAAGAAAAUGUCUCAUUGUCGAAAAAGAAUUGUGAACAUACUAAACAAAAAAACAACUGCUCUUGUGGGCAAAAAAACAUUUAA